AUGUUGCGCCAGGUCUCUCGCCCUCUGUCCACCGCCAGCCGCUCCCUCCGCUUGUCCAGCCGGUCCUUCUCUGCCGUCGCUCCCAAGAUGGCCGCGGGUGAUACUAGCGGUCCUGCGCCUACUGCCAACCGGGACUCCUUCGGUCGCCGCGAAGCCGCCGAGGAAGCUGUUUAUAUCCGCCAGCAUGAGCUUGAGAAACUCCGCAAACUGAAAGAAUCCGUCUCCGAGCAGCGCAAGCACCUUGAUAAGUUGGAUGAGCAUAUUGACACCAUGACCAAGGAGCAAAACGAGAAGAAAUAA